UCCAUCAUCCUUGGUCCUGCAAAAGCUAGCUAUAAAAGUUUGUUAGUAUUAUUUCAUGGAUCCAGCAAGGUACUGGGUGCUGGCGAGGAGGAAGCUGGGAGAUCAAAAGACGCCACUCUUCCCCAACACCCCGCAUAUCACCGUCGGCGGCAGCUCAGCCUCCUACUAUGAGUCAUGGGAGGAGCGUGCCUUCGCGGAGGACUCAGCAGGGCAUCUCGGUGGCUGCAUCUGGCCGCCGAGGUCCUACUCCUGCAGCUUUUGUGGCCGCGAGUUCCGGUCGGCACAGGCUCUCGGUGGGCACAUGAACGUCCACCGGAGGGACCGGGCAAGGCUCAAGCUCUCCGGGAUUGUGGAGGACGGCGCUGGCCAUGGCGGCGAACAAAACCACGUCAUGCCGCCGCACCAAAGCUACAUGAUCCAACCAUGUCGUCCCCAAAUUGGCGCCGGCCAGCAGCAUGCCUACAUCCCAAACCAUAGUAUUGGUGCUCCUCCCAGUGCUGACACCAACCCUAAUUCUGUUUGUGGUGUUAUCACGUAUCCUGCUAGAUCCUUGCUUCAUGUUGCAGCUGCUAGAACUGCCUGGGGCAAACAAGUCCUUACUGCUUCUCUUGUCCCGCCGAAGUCGCCUUCGGCUAGCAGUGGACAUAUGACACUGUUUCCCGGUGUUGUUCCAUUGCCACAAGAUCAUGAAAGAGCAUCGACCUGGAUGAGUUCGAAGCUUGAUCUGCGUUUUGGAGAAAAUGAAUUGAAGAUGAGUGUUUUGGGUUGCCGUUCAAGAAUGGACUUUAUGAUGAACGAAAAUGACAAGGACUAUCAAGAGGUUGCUGAAGCAAAUCACAAGAGGAGAAGAAUUGAUUUGGAGGUAAACCCCUUGGUUCUAAGUUCAUCCUCCAGUAAGCAUCAACAGCCAGAUGGUGGUGAUGGCCAACAUCAUGAAAAGGUACCAAAACAUUGUCGUAGCUCGUCGGUUGAAAAACUAGAUCUUGAGCUUAGACUUGGGGAAGCUCCAAAAAAACUAAAUUAG